AUGUCCUCCCGUUCGGCAAGUCCAUCACGCACUGCCGAGAAUCUUGCCCAAAGCUCUGAUCCCAGCGAAGACGAGUUAUCCAACCUUGAUGUCCAACAAAAGCCAGACCAUUCUCGAGUAACAAGUCGAGGUACACCUGCUCGCCGCUCUCGCCGACAACGAUCCGAGUACCGCAAAUGGGACCGGGCUAGUGAGUAUCCGCAUGAUAACACAACGGGGUCAAAGAAUAGAUCUUGCACUAGGCAUUAA